AUGAGGAGCUUUUCAAAGAACAAGUUCUUGUUCUGUUUUCGCCCUGUGGUUGACAUAGAUACCAUGCUCGAGUCCAAAGUUGCUACUCAUACCUCUACUAAUCGUGGUUUUCCAUGCAUCCCCGUUUCAGACAAACACGAAAUGAUGAAGAUUUCACCCUCCAAAUCCGUGUUUUCUCACCGUUUGUCCCCGAAGUUUUCAUAUAGCUCGAUCAUGCAGCACCCUCCAAAACGAACGAUUUGUCGGGUGAUUAAAGCUGUUGUGUUCGAUACCAUAUUGAAUAGAAGAACUCGCCAUAAAAGUCGUCAUAGCAAUGAUUCUUUUGGAUCAAAGCACAGUUAUUCGUCAUAUACAGAAACCAAAACCCCUCAAUCGCCUUUGUCAACUUCAUCAUCACAUGGUUCAUCUUCAUCUUCUUCAAGCUCACAGGUAUCACAAUCAAAGAAUGUGUCCAUGUACUACUCUACCAGAGAAAAACAGAGAGAUGGUAACCGUGGAGGCUCACAAGAGAAGCAAAAGCAGUUCGAGUGCUAUGGAAUAUACUUGGUUCUCAUAAGCUUAUUAUUUACGGUGUUUUGGGGGAAGCUUUUUGGUAUUGUUUUGACAUCAAUAUUGCUCUACUUUUUCUCUGUUUGCGACUCGACCCAUCACUGCAAAAAGAGGUUGCAAACUGGUACAAGACAGAGACAAAGUGUACAAGGCAAAGAUAGGGGUCAUUAUGGAAGGUUUGCUCCAAGGGGAACUCUACCAUAA